UCGCACUCUCUGGACAGAAGAAGACAGCUAGGUUCUGUCAUUCGAAACACCAAAAGUGGAAGUCAGUUUUAAAAGUUUUCAAUUUACUAUAUAGAAAUUUUGUUUCGACAUCAAACUAGAAGGUAUACCUGAUAAGCUGAGAGAACAACUGUAUCAGAUUUUUCAGAAAAUUUGGUUUCGGCAUUUUUUUCAAAACUCAAAGAGAGAAAGGAGAAGAACUGAUGCUACCUACACGAGGCACUUGAAGCAGUAAAGGAAACCGACACGACACAUGACAGAUAUUAUGUAGGCUAGUACGGCGAACAGCAAAGAAAAAAACGCACCUUGCCGUAUAAAAAGGAAGACAAUUGUCGUCAGUAGAGUUUCGUUACACACAGUGCAAGGAUGAGCUUCGUUCUACAAAAUUUAGUGAAUCAAAGUAGCAAAGUCUGGGAGCUAAGAGACAGACGAACGGAAGGAUGGCCAUUGACGGAAUCUCCGCUGACGCCUGUGUUGAUUUGCCUAGCCUACCUUUGCAUGGUCAAAAUAUGGGGUCCGAAAUUGAUGAAAAAUCGGAAGCCAUUUCAACUGCGAGGUGUUCUCAUGGUUUACAAUCUGUUCCAAAUUGUUUUCAAUGGAUGGAUGUUCUACCACACGUGCCGUGUGACGUGGUUCAACGGAUACAGUCUUCGUUGUCAGCCGGUGGAUUAUUCCGACAACAAAGACGCCCUACAGAUCAUCGUUAUCGGCUAUUGCCUUUACAUCUCUAAACUGAUUGAUUUCUUCGAUACCUUGUUCUUCAUCUUGCGAAAAAAGGACAAUCAGAUCACUUUUCUGCAUGUCUUUCAUCACACCGCCACUCCACUCAGCGUGUGGCUUUGUUUCCGCUUUAUUGCGGGUGGGCACAGCGUCUUUUUUCUAACAUGCAACACGCUGGUUCACGUCGUCAUGUAUUUCUACUACCUCAUGGCAUCGAUGGGUCCGCAGUUUCAGAAAUAUCUGUGGUGGAAGAAGUACCUGACCGUUUUUCAAAUGGUUCAAUUCGUCUGCGUUGGCAUGCACAGCAUGCAGCUGUUUUUCAUCGAAUGCGACUACCCUAAAGCUUACUCUUGGGGUUCCCUCAUACAGACAAUAAUUUACUUCAUCCUUUUCAAAAACUAUCACGCCGGAGCGUACACCAAGAAUGUAAAACCUUCUUCGAUUGCUGCCAAAUCUGUUUCGCCCAAGAGUCAACAAAAAAAGCAACAUUAAAUUAUAACUUUGUUUUGACGCUCAGUUUUCGUUUCAGACUUUGCCUUUUUUAGACGAAUUAAUAAUAAAGCAAUAAAACAAAUGAUGCUUUUUGCCUUGCUGUAAUAAGGUCUAACCUACAGUACCUGUGGCACGAUUUGUGAUAUUAAUAUGGCAUUCCUUUAUAGCUAUCUUCAACCUGACAAGCUCUGUAAUUCCAAAUUGUUGACAUUUAAGUUUUAUUCCAAGGAGCUCAAUUCUAAAAGAGAAAGCGUCUUUUCGCUACCCAAAACGUAACCAUAUACCAAUCCCUUGCCAUUUAAAAAAGGGUACCGGUUUUCUCUACAAGGAUUGCUCUGGACUCGUUCGCUCAAAUAAAGUGUU